CAUCAACUUAUCUCAGACAGAAUGGUUGAUCAGCUCCAAGGAACAUGGAAAUCCGUUUCUUGUGAAAAUUUCCAAGAAUAUAUGAAAGAAUUGGGAAUCGGAAGAGCUAGCAGGAAACUGGGCUGUCUGGCCAAACCAAGAGUGACCAUCAGUACAAAUGGAGAAGUGAUCACCAUAAAAACCAAAAGCAUCUUUAAAAAUAAUAAGAUCUCCUUUAAACUGGGAGAAGAGUUUGAGGAAACCACACCAAGCGGCCGUAAAACCAAGAGCAAAGUGAUCUUAGAUAAUGACUCUUUGGUUCAAGUUCAGGACUGGGAUGGCAAGGAAGCCACCAUAAGAAGGAAACUGGUGGAUGGAAAAAUGGUGGUGGAAAGUGCUGUGAAUGACGUUAUCUGCACACGGACAUACGAGAGAGUCCCAGAAAACACAGCCCCAAACCCUUAAGCUUCCUCAGGCUAUGAUCCAAACUACUGAGGUGGUUUAAAUAAAACUGCAAAGUAAAAUGUUA